GAUAGGAACGUAGACUGGACAGGGUCUAGCUUAUUUUCUCACUUUCAGUUCCCAUUUGUCUGGUGAAGUCAGUGCUCAGCAACAUUGCGUGUUUGUCAGUGAAGCAAUAAGAAAAAGUUAACACUGACUGCCAGCUUCAAGAACUAAGAUUCUCAUGCUGCCUUGUUUACAUGAUGGACGGCUAUGUCAUGUCAUCUCCAUCAGAAGACAUUAUUCCAAAUGAGACAGAGAAUUAUCGGCCACCUGCAGAGCUGUACCCAUACCUCACUAAUGUGGGGGAGAUCUAUGAAGACCAUAGAUGGAGCUUCCACUCUGAACGUGCCCAGCAGUCGGACUUUGAGAAUUUACCAGUGAACCACCUCACAGAGCUUCAGUCUGUGUCUCCUCAACAACUGAUACAACCCUACCGCUACAGCAGUGAGUGUCUGCCUCUUCACCUGGACCCUCCACUCGCACCUCUCUCUGUGUCCCCACAAAUCCCAUAUUACACCCCAUCCCUGUGCUACCAGUACCAACCCUCUGCCUCGCCUGGCCAUUACUACUCAGAAGAGGAACAAAGAGGAAUCAGUCCCCCGCUCGAGGUAUCAGAAGGGGAAGAUGAAUUUGAAGACCACAACCACUCCUCCUUCAGGAAAGACACUAACAACAAGAAGAAAAUCCGCCUGUACCAGUUCCUCCUGGACCUGCUAAGAAAUGGUGACAUGAGUGACAGCAUCUGGUGGGUGGACCAGGGCAAGGGCAUCUUCCAGUUCUCCACAAAACACAAAGAAGUCCUGGCCAACCACUGGGGUAUUCAGAAGGGAAACCGUAAAAAAAUGACCUACCAAAAAAUGGCUCGAGCUCUGAGGAACUAUGGUAAAACUGGAGAGAUUAAAAAAGUAAAGAAGAAGCUAACCUACCAGUUCAGUGAGGAAGUGCUGAGGAACCUCUGUUUGCGUCAGUAUUCUUGAUUCUUGAUAAGGAAAAAAAAAUCUCUCUUUUACUAAUAUGCUGAAAUCACUAAAGUAGCCAAGAUUGAAUUUGCCUGUACAUUUGCAAUUUUACUUAGUUUUUCUACCAAGUUUUUUUAUUUAUUUGUGAUGCCAGUGCAUUCCCUCUAUGGCAUUUGCGAACUUCUAGAUGAAUUGCUUUAUUUUACAUUCAAAUGAGGUUCGUGUGCCUGUGUGCAAGGAUUAAAUGAUUAUUAAAGAUCAGGGACAGCAAUAAAAAUAAAAAAAAACAACAACAAAAAAACAAAACACAACAACAACAACAAAAAAAACCCAAAAACGCACAGCUAAAAUAACAUUUUUUCAGGACCUUUUUGACUUUUUUUUGUCAUGAAUGUGUGUAAAUAAAUAUUAUGAUGUAUUAUUUUUGUCAAAUUACUCAAAUGACAGGAAAUUACUCAAAGGACAAAAGACAUUCUGACUCACAGUGUAUGUGUGCAGAUGGUGUUGCCUGUUUCCAAUUCAGUGGCAGCAUGGCUACAAAUUAAUAUCUCAGUUUUUAUAGACUUGUUAAAAGAGAGUACAGUAGACAACUGUAGUAAAAUUACAAGAGGCAGAAAGAAUACCAGCAUACAACCAAGAAAUACAAAGUAGCAGAUAUGUGGUUACAUGAUAAAUAAAGGGAUUUCAGUAUACCGCAUAGAGCUGCUAAAUAACAUAACUACCAAAAAAUGUGAAUAGAAACUUCAACCAUACUCUCCAUGCAAAGAUGCAAAACUUUUUUUUUCUUCCUAAGAAUCAUUAAAUGUUAUUGCAAACAGAUGGUAUAGACAUGUGAAGUGAAUAUGUACCUAUGAAAAGAUGAUAGACAGACUACAAAUACAUAAAAAUUUUAAUCCCUUUGCAUACACAUUUUGAUCAUUUUGUGCCUCUGUGGUUGUUUUGUAUCUUUUGUCAUCAUUUUCUGACUCUUAAGGGUUGGUUUGCUGCUCUUUAGGAUCAUUUUGUAGUUUGUGCCCUUUUCGUGCCUUUUAACUGUGACAUUCAAACAAGAAAUAUUAACAGGCACUUCAUAUACAGGGUCUGGCCCAGGGGCCCCCUGAUAGUAGAUUUGAUCAUGACGUAGCACAUUUGAUUAUACCUGAGCAAGUGACUGUUGUGAUAUAUGCCCAAAUAUUUAUGUAAUGAACAUUUACAACUAUUCACAACUGGCGGAUUGGCCAGAUACAAUUUAUUCAAAUGAAUUACUUCACAAAAGCCCAAAAGCUUGUGAUGGCUUAUUUAACUUCAGAAGAGUACUUCUACAACACGUCAGUAGAAAAAUAUUACUAUUUUAGGAUGUGCAACCAGGAAUUUCCCUUAAGUAUGAGUAAUUGAGCCUUUUUUUCAUGUUUACAAAGGUUUUUGUUAAAAUGCAAAAUGGAUUCUAACAGCAGUAACAAUGCUUUGUGUGAUUGAGGCAGCACACAAAUAAUGGUACAAUGAUCAAUAAAGAAACAACAAUUCACUGAUCAAAUUCAUUACACAAGACUCUAGUUUCACAGCUUUAGGGUUUGUGCAACGUUUCGGGGUGUCCAGGUAGGAUUUUAAGUAGGACAUAAAGAUGGGAAGUUGGGUUUCAUCUGUAAGAACACCAAAUAAAAUAAAAUAAAAUCAA